AUGGCUGCUUGGGACCGGGCCUUCGGGACUGACCACAAAGGGGCAGAGGACCACUGGCCCCCUGUGAAUGUGGCCCUCGCCAUCGAGGUAGCCAGCAUCGACCACAUCUCGGAGGUGAACAUGGAGUACACCAUGACGGUGUUUCUGCACCAGAGCUGGCGGGACAGCAGGCUGGCCUACAACCACACCAACGAGACUCUGGGCCUGGACAGCCGCUUUGUGGACAAGCUGUGGCUCCCGGACACCUUCAUUGUGAAUGCUAAGUCUGCCUGGUUCCAUGACGUGACCGUGGAGAACAAGCUCAUCCGGCUGCAGCCCGACGGGGUCAUCCUGUACAGCAUCCGAAUCACCUCCACGGUGGCCUGUGACAUGGACCUGGCCAAGUACCCCAUGGACGAGCAGGAAUGUAUGCUGCACCUGGAGAGCUAUGGCUACUCAUCCGAGGACAUCGUCUACUACUGGUCUGAGAACCAGGAGCAGAUCCACGGGCUGAACAAGCUGCAGCUGGCUCAGUUCACCAUCACCAGCUACCGCUUUGCCACUGAGCUGAGGAACUUCAAAUCUGCUGGCCAGUUCCCCCGGCUCAGCCUGCAUUUCCACCUCCGGAGGAACCGAGGCGUCUACAUCAUCCAGUCCUACGUGCCCUCCAUCCUCCUAGUCGCCAUGUCCUGGGUCUCCUUCUGGAUCAGCCAGGCGGCAGUGCCGGCCAGGGUGUCUCUAGGUGCGGGGCCCAUGGAUGUGAAGAACGCCAUCGUGCUCUUCUCCCUGUCUGCCGCUGGCGCCACCCAGGAGCUGGCCGUGUCCCGCCGGCACUGCCGCGGGCCUGGGAACCUCAUGGGCUCCUACAGGUGUGUGGAGAUGGAGACUGGACAGGCCAAGAAGCAGGGGUGGGGCCGCUCGGGGGGCCAGGGAGGCCUCCGUGCCCUUUUCAAGCCCAUCGACGCAGACACCAUCGACAUCUACGCCCGCGUGGUGUUCCCUGCGGCCUUCGUGGCAGUCAACGUCCUCUACUGGGCGGCCUACACCAUGUGAGGCCGGAGGCGGGGCUUCGCCUGACCUGAGCCCGCAGCCACUGGGAGAGAGGCCCUUGGGUUGAGAUGCCUGCUCUGCCUGUUUCGAAGUGGGCAUGACAACAGGCCACAGAAAACAAGAGGAAAGCCUUGGCCUCCCUAAGUACCCCAGGCUCUGUCCCCACCGGCACCUGGAAGACCACCCUGGGGCUCUCCCGUGCACCUCUCCUGCAGACCCUCAGCCCAGCUCCUCCUGGGGGGCAGAGCCAGCUUGACCUGAGGCUGAGCCAGGCAGGCUCAGGGCCCUUGGGGAACUUCGCAUUCAAUUCAGAAAACGAUCCUGAUUCUAGGCAUUUGCUCUGUGGGCUUGGGACCAGGUCGUGGGAGGCUGGAAGAGGGCGGUGCUGCUUUCUUGGUGAAACGAUGGAGAAGGGCAGCCAUGGGCCUUUGGUCCCAGCAUGAAAUAAAACAAAG